AUGAAGAAAGAACUAUUUCAUUUAAAGGCAUAAUACACCAUAUACUUCGAAGCCUUAUUUUCAAAUGCAAUCAUAAACACUUUGUUUAUUAACUUAACAUCCCCACUGACUACAUAUUGUUUUGCUUUCUCCACUUGAGUGCUUUCCAAAUAUUUUAAGAUUUUUAUUUUCAUCUCCUACAGCUGGAUUUUGCUAUUUCACUUUGAUUUCACAUGCAGCUUGAAUGGGUAUGAGCGUCAGCACAGCGAAAUAGUUCCAGCCAACAAUGGGCCCUGCCUGGAACAGAUCUAUGUGUCUGGCCUUACAAAUGGCCAAAUGGUAAUUCCCUUUGAGUCUAGCUCUUAAUUAGUUGCUUUCACUGCUUCUGAAUAUACCUGUGGCUAAGUCUGUAUGGCAACACUCGAAAGUACCAUUUCUCAGUCCGGACACAAUUGCCAAGAGUCUGAUUUGGUUCUGGGCUCUGGUUAACCUGUGUGCCUUGUUGGUUUACUCCAGCAGUUGGUGACUAAGGAUAUGACCCUUCUGUUUCCUCUGCUUUGUCCUCUGACCUCUAAGGUGAUUUAAUUUUUCUAAGUACUUCCAUGUCAUCAAGGGCUCGAUAUUUUAUGGAUUUUACAAACAGCCUAUAAGGAGCAAGAGAGAGGUUCUGUGAUUUUUCUGACUCUGGGAAUUCAUUUUGAUUGUACACAUUUGGGAAACACACUGGGUUGGAUGCUAGAGUGAAGAAAUCCUUCCAGACAGUUCUCCCAACCCAGCCAUUUCUUCAAUCAUUCAAGAAAUAGUUACUGAGUGCUUGCUUCCUAGGUGCCAGGCUCUAUGUUGUGUACAGAGGUACAGUAGUCAGAUCUCAGCCCCACCCCCUCAACCACAGCGGGGAGUUUAGUGCUAAAAAAGGAUAUGAAUGACAAUCACCCAGAGUAAACAGUGGGAACAGUGAUGCAGUGUAGGAAGUUGCGUUUUUUAAAAAGGUGAUUCUGUGCAAUGAAGUAUAAAACUGAUAUAUCUUCAAUAGACUAGUUACAGUGUAACCACCAUUAACAUCUCUUUAGAGUUACACAGUUAAAAAGGAAAAAAAACCACUAAAAUAAAAUAAAACUAAUUUCUGUAGAACAAGGCCCAAUAGUAUGGCCUGAAGAUAGCUAUAUAUGUGCGCUAUCUAAAGAUCUACAAUUUAAACAUGAGUCCCAAAAAUGUAAAUACAAAAUCACAAAUGUACUUUACUUUUCUGGAAUAUCCAUGUUUUAGAGGCAAUAUUUACUUUAUAUUUCAGUGGCUUAAAAGAUAACAUUUUGGCUUAAGUGUCUUUUACCAAUACAACGAUAAGGCACUUAUUUAAAUCCUGAGAGCGAAAAUUAAGUACUGUAUAUAGGUAUACAUUGCUUCUCACAAUGGUUGUGCAAAAAGUCAUGUGUAAAUUGUAGUUUUGUAAAUCAAAUUGUAUUUUAAAUGCAUUAGGGGAGCUGCCAUUUAGAGGAAUCUUGUGAAUCCUUUUAUAAAGCAGAACAUCAUUUUAUAAUACAAAUAAUCACUCUCUAAUUUAUCUGUUUUGUAUAUUUGGAUUUUCAAUAUUGACUUUGCUUAAAAUGGAGCCCACCUGCAUAGUAAGAGUGUGUUUUGCCAAUGCUGCUUGUGCUACCAGUUUCUUGGUUGCUAAGGGCUUAUACUUGAAAAUCUGCUGCAGUUUUGUGUGACUUGAGCUAUCAAGCGAUUCCAUGACGGCGCAGUAGCAUUCCUGACCAGUCCAAGUAGGCAACCCAUUUCAACUUAAUUGACCGCAGGACUCUUCUGCCCAACAGCGUCUCCUCUCAGAUGUGGCCAUGUUUCAUUAGAGGGUAGAGUGACUUCUGGCUAUAAAGUGCUCAGAGUCACGGGUUUUAUAAUAAAUAUGUUAUUAUGUAAACAUAUUGAAUUGCAUGUGUGCUGGAAUUUUUUAGCAGUAUUUUAGCUUGAAAGUACUUGUACAAAUACUGUUAGAUUUAGUUGCAAAUAAUUGUUCUCAAGUUAUUGGAAUAAAUGGCAAAUGAAACAAGCUCUCGUGUAAAUAGACUUCUGUGCCAAACAGUGACAUUGUUUCAAAAAAUGAAUGUCAUAUUUUGGGUUGUUCAUAGGCAAAAUGAAAUAUUGGAAAUGUGAUCAAAUGAUAUUGUGUUUUACUGGAUAAACUGUUUACACAGUUAUUUUAUGCUGUAG